AUGUCCGUCAACACGCCCCUCUGCUCCCUCCUCAAUAUCCAGCACCCCGUCCUGCUAGCAGGCAUGGCUCGUGCAUCUGGGGCCCCCCUCGCCGCCGCCCUCUCGGAGAUGCUCACGGAGCUCAAAUCGCUGCUCCGCGACAAAUCCUUCCCCUUCGGCGUGGACCUGGCCCUGCCGCAGGUCGGCGGCGGCGCCCGCGCCACGAACCACGACUACACACACGGCCAGCUCGACGAGCUCAUCGAGGUUGUCAUCUCGCACGGCGCGAGGCUCUUCGUGUCUGCCGUGGGCGUGCCGCCCGAGCGCAUCAUCAAGCGGCUCCAUGGCGCCGGUAUCCUGGUCAUGAAUAUGGUUGGUGCGCCCAGGCACGCGGAGAAGGCGUUGCAGCGCGGUGUGGACAUUGUCUGUGCGCAGGGUGGGGAGGGCGGCGGGCAUACGGGCGACAUCCCCUUCUCCGUCCUCGUGCCGGCCGUCGUGGACGUCGCGAAGCGGUACAAGAGCCCGCUGACGGGUCAGCCGGCGCUGGUUGUCGCGGCGGGCGGUAUCAACGACGGUCGCAGCUUGGCGGCGUCGCUGAUGCUGGGUGCGUCCGGGGUCUGGGUGGGUACGCGGUUCGUAGCAUCCGAGGAGAGCGGUGCUAGCCGGAUGCACAAGGAGGCCGUGGUCCGGGCCCGGUACGGCGAGACGCAGCGGACGCUUGUCGUCACCGGACGACCACUGCGGAUGCUGCCGAAUGAUUACAUCAAGGACUGGGAGAAGAGGCCCCAGGAGAUCGCCGAGCUGACGGCCAAGGGCAUCGUCCCCAUGAUGCACGACCUGGAGAAUGAGAAAGAGGUCGAUAUGCCCUUCCUCAUGGGCGAUGUCUCGGCCAGCGUCACAGAGAUCAAGCCUGCAGGGGACCUUGUGCGCGAGAUGGUCCGGGAUGCCGCCGAGAUGUUGAAGCUAGGAGCGUCGUAUACCACCGGAUCGUCAAGCAAACUAUGA